CACUGGUUUGAUGUGAAGUGCAGUGUUUGAGUGUUUUGGUGUCGGCGUUAUUAAGUGAGCGAUAGUGAAGCGAAAACACGGUGGAAUUACCCGAGCAUGGCGCAGAACAGCUAGAAACACAACCGUAGCGAACGAACGAAUUGUGUCAGUGCAACUGCAGGCUAUCAUCGACUUGACAUGGAAUGACGUGGCUCUAAAAUUAUGGACUUUGAUAUUCUAGUCUAAAUUGAGCAGUGAACACGCCGUGUCUCAGCUGUGGCGCCGUCCUCUGACCCGCGGUGACCGGCGACCGGUCAGCAAUGGAGGAGGUGCCGGUACGCCGCCGUCCGCCGCUGGGGCGCCGCAUCAGCCGCCGGCUGUCCCUGGUGGUUCGUGUGCCCUCCCUGCUGGCCACAAGGGCUCUGAGUCGCUCACGAGAGUCCAUCAGUGUGCUGCCUGCGCCGGUUGUUACCACCAGAGCGUUCCAGGUCACCGUCCAACUGCCUGGAGGAGCACAGCGCACGCUGCUCGGUGACACGGGCCAGUCGGUGCGCGGCCUGGUGCGUCACCUGGUCCGUGAGCUGCGUCUAGUCGAGCCUCUGUACCGGCUGGCCGACUCUCUGGCCGAGGUGGACCCAGAGGCGGAGGCGUCGCUGCUGGAGCGGGAGACUCUGCUGCUGGAGGAGGGCCGCCUGGAGCACCAUCCACGGGCAG